CCAAGGUUUCACCAAAAAUGCUUGCGAUAGCAAUAUGGACAAUGUUGCUAGGCGUAUCUCUGGCGUAUGGGGCGUAUGAUUGCGGUGAUGCCCCGGACACCGAUGGUUGCAGCGCGUGGUCUAUUGUUCCUUACAAGAGCAGAUUCAGAUCUUCUUGUGAUAAGCAUGAUGUUUGCUACUCAUGUGGGAGGACAUUCGGCGUAACAAGAAGUCAAUGUGACAAGGAAUUCAAGAGUGACAUGUACGCAGCAUGUAGAGGUGGCUGGUGGUGCAAAAAAGUUGCUUAUCUCUAUUACAAAGCCGUAGACUGGCAUGGUUAUGAAUAUUACGUCCAAACCAAACCUGCCUGGUGUAAGGCGCAAACAUGGUACAGAACUGAAUGCAUGCCAUAAACGAACAUUUCUUAAACAUUUUGUUGAAGGAUUUGCAAGAAAUUAAAAACAAAACAUAUAUUGAAACUUAUUUCAUAUUCGAAAAAUGUCAGAUAAUUGCACUGAUAGCAUAUUUUUUAGUUGUCAAACUAUUUCAUUCUCAUUGAGUAUGAAAAAGUACAUGAAAAUAAAAUGAUAACAUCAAAAUGGA